AUGAGCAAAAAAAUAAUCUUGCUUCCCAGAGACGACCACGUCCUUGCCAUCGACGCCGUCGACACCCUCGGCGCGAGAAGAAGUAUCAGACGCGGUCCUCUGAGCGGCGGCGGCGGCGGCGGCGGCGGCGACGGGCCUUCGACGCAGGAACCCGGCCUCGUCGUGCGUCGCGUCCCACUCGUCCAGGUCUGCCAGGGGCACGCGCACCAGCCUGUGGGUGUUGGCGCCCGAGCCCUCGUCGACGUCCUGGAUCUCGGUCCGGAUGCGGUAGCCUCGCCACCUGGGGAGGAGCGUCAUCCAGAAGUAGUAGUAGAUGCCGCAUAUGGCGAGGCUGUUGAUGAAGAAGACGAGGACAAAGUCCCAGGCCCGGAACUCGGACCUGCCCAGGCCGGCCCGCUUCCUGCGGCGGCGGAUCAGAUAGACGCCGACGGCCAUGGCCAGGUGGAAGACGCCGUCCGGGUAGGUCUUGAGGCUGACGACAAACUGGAAGGCGUCGCCGGCGGGCGGCGCGACGAUCAUGACAAAGGUCACGGCCCACUUGAGCAGGUAGGGGCCGAGCGGGGUGCCGAAGGGGCGGGUCGAGACCCAAAAGUCGGUGUAGGGCAGCACGCCCUGGCGGCCGAUCUCGCGGAUCAUGCGCGAGGAGCCGAUGAGGACGGCCAGCAGGUUGCCAAAGGCGCUGAGCAGGACCAGGACGUUGAGGGCCGUCUCGGCGGGGCCGCUGCCGAACACGGCGGUGAAGAAGACGGCGGCGGCGAUCUCCCUGGAGGCGGCGAACUGGGACUUGGAUACGGCGGCAAAGUAGGCGACGUUGCAGAGCAUGUACAGCACCGACACGACGAGGACCGAGGCGGUGGCGUGCCUCUUGAGCUUGGGGAUCGGGUUCCGGAUCUCGUUGACCAUGUUGAAGGCGUUGGAAUAGCCCGUGUAGGAGAAGACGAUGUUGACCAGCGCCACCGACAGGCUGUUGCCGUCGGUCGUGGUGCCCUCGAAGGCGUUGCGGAAGUUGCGGUGCGGGUCAGGGACGCGGCCGACGUUGCCGCCCAGGAUCACGAAGCCCGUGAUGCUGAUGAAGACGAGCGUCGCGAUCUUGAGCGCCCCGAUCACGUUGGUCGCCCAGAGCGAGUACUUGUUGUGCGCCACCACGCAGACCACGGCCAGCGUGUAGGCCGCGAUGGCGACGCCCCUCAUCUCCCACUCGGUCGGGGUCACGCCGGCGAUGCGCCACACGUACCGAGACAGCACGAUGGCGUUGGAGGAGCUGAACGACAGGAUCACCGACUGCACCGCAAACGCGAUGGGGAAGAAGUGCUUUGGGCGCGGGUAGGCUUGUUCCAGGUACACCACCUCGCCGCCGCUGCGGUUGGGGAAGUACGAUGCGAGCUCCAGGUAGAUGCAGACGCCUGCGAUGGCCAUGAUGACUCCGAUGAGCCAGUAGAUCAGAGCCAGACCGACCGAGCCAGUCCUGUUGAGUACGGUAGCAGCUGUGGAAAAUAUGCCCGUGCCAAUCAUCUGGUUGACGUUGAGGAAAAUGAUGGUCAUCCAGCCCACGUGGUAUCCCAGCGGCGACUUGCUCUCGACCGGAGCACCGACGGCCUCCUGAUACGCCGCACUCGAGCCAUUGCCGGCCUUGACUCUCGUGUAGGCGAGCUCGCCGUCGUGAACCACGGAUGGCUCCGAGUCGGAAGCAUCAGCCGCCGCAUCGGCUGCCGUGGCGUUUCUAGACCAAAACUUGAUGGCCAUUGGUUGCUGCUCCGCGCUGGCUACCUGACCUACCUAGGUGCUUGCUGUGUGUGA